UUCUUAAUCGGACAACCCCUUCCUAGUGGCUGUAUGCGGUCUGCUGUGCGUGAAUUCUCAACGCGGCGGCUCCAAUUACCGAAGCCGGUGCGCAGACAAGGGAGGAGGUUUUUCAUGAACAUCAGCAAGCACAGUCCUGCAUUGAAUCGUCCCAUGAUAGCCAAAGGCGACCCAUUUGGUCGCCCUGCACAGGCGGAGGGCUACUCAGCAUUUCGUCCGAAUUAUCCCGACGCGUUGAUGGCAGGUGUGGAGGUCAUUCUUCGUGCACAGGGGUGUAUGGAUAGCAGGGCAAAGGAUGGGAGCAUGCUAGUCGAUAUUUGUACUGGCUCGGGGCAAGUAUUAAGGAAACUAGCAAGGUAUUUCGACCACGCCAAGGGUGUUGAUCAAAGCGCUGCCCAAUUGACGAACGCAACCAAAGGAUCCAACGUUGAAUAUUUGCAGGCGGAUGCACUUUCAGUUCCUUUGCCAGAUGGCAGCGCAUCGGUGGUAACAUGCGCUCAAGCAAUGCACUGGUUGGAUAUUCCAUCCUUUCUGAGAGGCGUGGAUAGACUCCUCCGCCCGGAAGGAGUCUUGGUCGUACUUGGGUAUCCCAGGAGUCACAUUCCUAAGAUGCCACAGGCCGACGCAGCCAUGAUCGAAUGGUACGCGUCACUGGACGAUGUCUGGGAUUGCGAUCGGGCCCUGCUGGACAUGGAGUUUGCGGGGACAGACUACACUCCCUUCGUCCAAUUUAGCAAGCAGAAGGUGGAAGAGACGCACAUGAUGAGUGUGGAGCAUUUGGUCGGUUAUUUGGACACAUGGUCGUCCUUCAGGACGUGGAAGGAGCACCACCCAGACGUGAAUCCAGACACAUUGCAGGUGCUGAGCGCGCGCUUGCAGGCAGCUCUCGCAGCAGAGGGAGAGGGCAGGACCCUGUUGCCUGUGGAAUUCUCUUUUUUUGCCAUCUUCUUGCGGCGUCCUGGGGAUGGUAGAGCAUCGAAGUGAGGAGAACGUCGCACAGUUUUGAGGCCCAUUGGUGUGUGCCUGUACGCGGGAAAGAAAUAUCUGAUUGAUGGUGAUA